AUUACACAUUGAUCAAGAUUUCGUAGUUGACAAACUCAUCAAAUAAAUAACUCUAAAGUUGACCUGGUCUGAGCUCGUCGAUCGUUGGACACCCGACUUUCUCUCUGCCUCCCUCAAGUUAAAAUGGGCAACGACUGCUGGCCUUCGUCUUCCUACCUUCCGCUUCAAUUCUCGCCUCGGCGAGAGUAGGCGUCACGCUCACUUUUGCUUCGAGGAUCAUGCAUCGAUUGCUUUUCUCCAGUUAAGUUGGCUGGCAUGGCUUCCUCCAGAUCAAGCACUCUCCUGAACGACAAGACCACGUCAAUCUCUUCAUCCUAUACCAGUUCCGAUGAGCUUCGCCGGCGGAGGGCCGCCAAAACCUCGGUCUCGGGUUCGCCUCAGCGGGAGACUAAUCCGUUGCAGCACAAGCCGAUAGUUCGAUCCACCAGCGACAGCGCCGCAAAAGUUAGCGGAUCCACGCCACUGCAAACACACAGCGCCACCGCCAAUAAAUCGCGUUCGCCAGGAAUCGCAAGAAAGUCGGCGGAGAAACCUUCAUCGCCGUCCAGCUCUCCUUUGAAAUCAUCUUCGACGGCGAGCGCUACUGCCAGAGAAAGGACGCCGAGGCCUUCUUCCUCCAGUGUUUCGCGGAUUGCAGCGUCUUCAAAGCCGGCGAGCGUAUCGGAGAAAACAACGAGAGCUCUAAAAGCCAGAGUCGGAGGGGCUCUAUCAUCUGCCAAGGCUCGGAAUCCGGCGAGUAGCGUCGUCUCCAACAAAAAGAAGCUCAGUACUUCGGAGGCCGACGCCGACCGAAGGGCAUUAAGUGAGGAUCCAUCAGUUACAAAUGACAAAGAUUAUUUUGUUGUUACUUCCCUGGAAGGCCAUGUUUCCGGCGAGAACAAUCACAUCGCAGGAACGGAAGCGGAAUCAAUUGAAGCCAAGGAAGAAACACUCGCUGAGACUAAUAAAGCCGCCGAGGAAGACGAUACUAACCUAGAAUCUCAACCAGAAGAUCAGCACGAUUCACCAGAGCACGAGCUCGAUGGGAAUAUCGAUCACGAUGGAAACAGACUGCCUGAGAUUGCCAACGAGCACCUCUCUGAGGAGCCACCGUCUGUUGGGAUCAUCGAAUCACCUCGUGAAGAACCAUGCGAGGUUGCAAAGGUAGAAGCUGAAACAGAGGGCGCGAAUUUAGUGAUGCCUGACCCAUGCGCAGGCGAUGCCAUGCCAGAGAACAGAGAAGAUGAUGCAGAUGAGGAGAAUAGUUUCGACAAGUCUCCGGCGGCAGAGUCAACGGUGGAGAAGAUUUCCGUCAGGAAAGCUCGGCAGAGUAAAGCUCCAGCACCGGCGCCGGCUGAACCUUGGACGGCGACGUUAGUUGAGAACGGAGGGGAGACGUCGCCGACGGUGAGGGUGUUUAAGAAGCCGACUCUGUUGUUGGCGAAGAAGGAGGAGAAAGUGAGCAACGACGUGAUCGAGGAGACGAGGAGCAAGCUGUUGGAGAAGAAGAAGAGCAAGGUGAGGGCUUUGGUGGGAGCAUUCGAGACGGUCAUAUCGUUGCAGGACGAGAGUCAACCUGGUAAAAACUAAAAACCAGGCGACCAACUCCAGCAAAGAAUCAACCGAGUUGACUUAGAGGUCAGGGAUUGAGCUUUUCAUCUUUUCCGUGCGUAUUUCCUUGUUUUUUCUUCCUCCUUCCUUCCUUCUUCACUUUUUAAAAUGUGAUUGACGAACAGUUUCGUGUGCUGCACAAUCAAUGGAGUUUGUUUGCCGAUUGGACAAUAAAUGUGGGUAGUGUGUGGCUUGAGAUAUGCUUCUAGGCCUUGAGUACGGCCAGAAUGGCCUGCCGGCCGGCCGGCCAGCCGCCUGGGCCAGCCUUAGCUCAUCUGGGAAUCUGUUUUCGUAGCGAUUCGAACGAUCCUCGCUGACUCCAUCCAUAGCGUCACCUGCUCAGCAUCUCGCGGCGCAGGCGAGAAGACAAGCGCAAAAGACGUGGGAAAGCAUAAAAUAAAUCUCGUCCCACGCCUCCCACGCGUCCGCGCCGGUGGUCACGAGCCCCUCGAUGCGGCCAUCCAUGACUCCGGGAGCCCAAGACAUCCGCGACCGGCACGUCAUCAUUAAAAAAACACAGAUCGGAAAGACGCGCGAGAGCGCCAGGCACGCACCGCCUGUGACAUCGCAUUUGCCCUCUCCGAAACCGCGGUAUAAAAUGCACACUGGGACGCGCGGCGCGAGGCGACGUGUUGCCUUCUCGGGCUGCCACCCGCGCGCCGUUUCCUCCCCUUAAGCACCUUCCUCGUCGGGCUCGUCACUGCUCCAUCGCCCGCCUCGCGCAUGGCGUGGUGGCGCCGCCGCGUGGUGGCGCCCGUCAAGAGAGCGCUCGUCGCCGUCGCCGCCCGAAUCAAACCCCGAAAGCAUGCAGGAAGAGACAUGCUGAUCAAGCUCAACGACGAGGUGCGGACCUGCGGGUACGAUGACGUGAAGGUGAUGUGGGACAUACUGCAGCGGUCGGAGGCGGAGCUCGCGGCCGGAGCUCCGAGGAGCACCCGGUGCUCCGCAUCGUCGUCGUGCCGUGGUUGGUGGUUGCCCCGGACAUCGCCGGCGGGCGUAAACCGAUCGAGAGAUCAAACCGGUGGCGAUCGCAGUACUGUAAUUGUAUAUCCAAUUCCCAGUUAAACAAGAAUAAGAUCUCAUUAUGUGAGAAUAAUUAGUUCGUGUAAAUCCUGAUUAAUCGUGUACAGAGAACUCGAUCUUUCUGCAA